CCGUCCCCGUCCCGUCUCCCCCUUUGGCUCCUCUCCGCCGCCGCCGCCGCCGACCGUCGGCUCGAUCUCAUCCCCCAUCAUAUAUCUUCAAACCAGAGGAGAUCUGCAGAUAAAAUAUCAGCAAUGCCUCCUCCGUCGCCUUCCACUUCCCUCUUCCUAUUCCACCGCUUCGUGCGUACCGACCCCAAUACCACCAGCGAUAUCCCGUUCCAGGGGCCUGUUCUCACCUCUCAAGACAAGCAGGCGGUUGGUUUCGAGGAGAAGCAGGACGAAGCCGAUUCGAUUGUGCGCGACUUCGUGCUAGCAGCGGAUCUCAAAGGUUUGCCGCUAUUUUCCUCGCUGUUCCUCGGAGGCGGCAGCCGGUACACAUGUAUCCAUACAGUCGACAAGGACCUGAUUCUGAUCGCAUCUGACUUUCCUGGAGAUAACUCCGUCGAGGUCAUUCUCAUCUACAACGCCAUCGACAGGUCGCUCCGCAUGAUCCCAACCAUGCCACGCACUUACCCCUCCAUCUCUUCGCCCAUUGUUCUGGUAGCGCGCCAAGAUGACGAGGACAGUUCAUACACCCUGGUUUAUCCUGGUACUGACGCUGAAGGUGAUGCAGUUCUCUAUAUGUGGCCGUCCUCAUCCAAGUCGCCAUGGUCAACAGUGAAGAAAUCUCACUUCUGCAUGCCAUGGCGCCGGUUCAGGGCUGGAGAAGUGUUCUCGUUCCGUGGUCGUGGUUACUGGGUGGAUCUCUUUGUCGGCAUCAUGUACUGUGACUGCGGCGAUUUAAUCUCUGAUGUCAUUGAUAGGGUGGACAUCCGCACCUUAGACCUGCCUGUGGAGUGCCCUGUGGAAAUUGAAUUUCAGAAGAAAGUCUUCCGAGCCAUCGGCCCUGUUGGGGACUCGAUCAAAUUUGUUGACAUCAACGACUACCGUGAUCGUAAGAACUGCAUGGUGAGGGUCUGGAGACUGUUGGCAGAUAUGACUUGGGCUCUAGAAUACGAGCUCAGGUUUCAGAGCCUGUUGGCUGGGGGGCAGUUCAAAGGAGACGCAGUGCCAGAUUUUAUGAAUCCGAUGCACCCCUUUCUUAGCCCACAUGAAGAUCAUGUCAUCUACUUUGCAGUGGGCACAUACGACAUUCUACCCGUUCCAUUCGCUAUGCUCCGUGUAGAUUUGUGCAGUAAGACAUUCAACAGAACAGAGCUCUUAUCUCCUAUGGCACAUUACAGCUUGGGCGUUCAUGUUCCUCUCUACACCAACACCGAGGGCAGGCUGCUUGGGCUUACAGCUUAGAGGAAGUUGCCAACUAUCUCAGGUUGGAACAUCUGAAGCCAGGGGCAGGCAUAUGGAAGCACAAGAAGAGUAUCAGGAAUCAUGAGAGAUUAUUGUUUUUUCUUAGUUCUACUAGCAAGAUGUUUCUCCGUCUCUUGUUAGUUCCCUGUUUAUGUUGCUGCUAUUACAUUUCUGGAGUGGGCAUCGCUACAA